AUGGCUCCUUACAGACCGCCCGGACGAAGCAAUCGCUCUGGCCGCUCGCAAGCCGACAAUGAUGUUUUCGAAGGUCUUCCCGUGAAGCAAUGGGGACAGCAGAUCGCACGAGUCUCUUUGGCACCUCCCGCCUCUGAAGAGGAGCAGAAAGCGAACGACAAAUGGGGAGACCCUCCUAUGCCACGCGACUAUCAGCUUCUGCAACCAUGGACUCAGCAGCUACUGCGACUGGCACGCAGUGGCAAAGUCGGGACGAAGCGAAAACCGGAUCCGGAUUCUAUGGACGAAGAUGGUGCUGAUGAGGAGAAGACGACUGAAGUGGCCAAGGCAAACCUCGAGGACCGUGGCUACGUGGCGAAGAAGUGGAAGAUUGUGCCCGAAGCUCUCCUGGAGCCUGAGCACAAGCACUUUGAAUUUCUAGCAAAGCGACGAAAAGGCCUACCCAGUCUGUAUGGGCCGGAGAUCAACAAUGGCGCUAUCGUACCUAUGAGAAAGACGAAGGUGCAGAAAGCUGGUCCAGAUGGUGAAGUGAAUGUCUAUGAAGUGCUUGUACCCGAAGGUCAGCACGUGGAGGGCGAGGUAGCAGAGUCCACCGAGCUGGCAGACGUCAAGACUGUGGCCGCAGUACCAGGUACUGUCAUCGAAGGCGUCGGUAUCGCGAACGAGGAAGGCGUGGUUGUUGCCGAGCACUUGAAGCCUGCCAUCUCGACCCGGCGGAAUAGGCCACCGCCGAAGAAGAAAGGAGGACCAGGUCGUGGCAAGAAGCGCGUCACCUUCACCAAUCCUGAUGGCACGACUUACACGAAGAUUGUGCCUAACGCUACGAAGAUUGUGCCUGAGCCUGGUCAGACAGUCAAGCAUGUCUCGAAAGGCGAGGAGGCGGCUGCAGAUGUCACGGCCGAGCAGGCUGCAAAGGUACCGGCUUCAGAUGAGCAAGAAGGCGGUGCAGAGGGCGAAGGAGAAGGAGAAGGUGACGAGGAGGGAGAAGAGGGUGAAGACGAUGGUGAUGAAGGAGACGAUGAUGACGAUCGGGAGGAAGGCGAGCUUUCUGACGAUGAUGCGCCAGAGGCUGGGACCUCGACUCCGGCACCGGCGAUGGCUAAGCACAGCGAGCAAGCGGAAAUCACAUCUGAUGCUGUCGAGACAAAGGAACCCGCAAAGUCAUCCCCAACACCGGCAGCUGCUCCACUCCUCGAGCCGCCAGCCACGGCCGUCGACAGAGAUCCGUCGAGCUCACCUGAGCUCCCACUUGCAAAGACCUCGCACAGCAGACAAAGUUCCACCGUGGUAACAUCAGUGACCCUCCAAGAUGAAGAAAUGGCUGUACCACCUCCACUAGCCGACGGCGAGCCCAUAGAAGUCACAGAAGAGAGUAAAGAAGCAGGUGACGAAACGGAAGUUGAGCGCUUCGAUGAUGGCGAUGAAGACUUGCUCGGCAACCUUGAGAAGCAUCUCGAAGGCGACGCGGCAGAAUAG